AUGAGGUUUGUAUUUCAGGCAAAUCCUUCGAAUAGCCCUACGGUUCCAGCUGGCGAAGCGGCUGCAUUCUUGAAACGUUCUAGUCUAAAUAUGCAGCAGUUGGGCCAAAUCUGGGAGUUGGCAGAUUAUCAAAAGAAAGGUGCUCUGGACAAGAAGGGAUUCUUUAUUGCGUUCAAGCUCGUUGCUGCUGCUCAGCAAGGAUUUCCAAUUUCUCCUGCUUCUAUUGGCUUACCUAAUCUUCUCCCUCCGCAUUUCGAAGGAGUUUCCGUUAAGAACACAGUUGGCAUGACGCAGUCAUUCUCUCAUGAAGGAUCGUUGCCACCGCCCGUUAAUGAGUGGUGUAUCAGUGCAGCUGACCAGGUCAAAUAUGAUUCGAUCUUCGAUUCGCUAUGUCCUAUUGACGGAAAGCUUCCCGGAGCAAAAGUUCGUCCGGUUCUACUGAACUCCGGUCUCAACCCAGCCAUCCUUGCCAAAAUAUGGGAAUUAGCGGAUCAAGACAAGGACGGGCAGUUGGACAGGAUCGAAAUGGCGGUUGCCAUGCAUCUUGUCUACAGAGCCUUACAAAAUGAACCGGUUCCUGCAGUUCUUCCCAAAUCUCUUAUUCAUCCAUCCAAAAUGUCACUAACGAGGCGUACCUCAACCGCUUCCGUGGCUUCUAUGCAUGCUGGGAGUGGACCAGCCAACUUCGGCAUGCCUCCGCAUUCUCAGUUCAUUCCAGGCCAAGCCAAGAUAAUUUUAGACUAUCGUUCUCGUACUGGGAGUAUGACAUCUUUGGAUGGUGUUGGGCACAUUACCAAACCUCCACCUGUGGAGAACAGAAGUGCGUCUGUGCAACCAAAUCAAGGUUCAAGAAAUGAAAGUGCGCCGGCAACACCGAUUCGUGGGAUGGGUGGGCCAUUAUCCAUGUCAGUUGGAAGCAGUAGCAAUUCAUCUCUUGAAUGGCCAGUCGAUCGACUUGCGUCUGCGGCACAAUUUGCUGCUUGCGAUACUGAUUCCGAUGGAUUGGUCAACGGAAACGACGUGAAGCAUGUGCUUCUCGGAUCAGGACUACCGCAACAAGAACUUGCUCAUAUAUGGGCGCUUUGUGACAUCAAUCGCACUGGCAAACUUAACCAAGAACAGUUCGCUCUCAUUGUACAUCUUGUGAAUAUGAGAAAACGUGGCGAAGAGUUGCCGACAACAUUGCCACAGUUUCUUAUACCGCCAUCUCUUCGAGUGCUUUCAGUCACAGAAAAUGGUCAUGCGGCCGCGGAAACUAAUGCAGUCACUGAACAUGUUAGUGCAAGCGAUUCAGGCGAGAUGCGCCGACUCGCCGAGGAAAUGGAGAAACUUCUAUCUGAUCGCAGAGAAGCGGACGCUCAGGUUUCGCAACUCGAAGCUGAUAUGAAAGUGAAAGACAGCCAGAUUAAGAACCUUCAAGUUGAGCUCCGAACACUCGAAGUUACGGUAAAGCAGCUGGAGCGACAAAAAGCGGAAGCUGGUCGUCGCUUGGCUGAUUUGGAUGAGCAGAUUAGACAGCUCGAAGCGGCUGCUCUAGCACAAGCAAGGAAAGCGGAAGAAGCGCAGACCAGACUUAACCAACUUGUGGAAGACACUCAGAAGGAUGCAGCUCAUGCGGAGGCUGAUCUCCAAGAAAUCGCACAACUAAAGGCAGAGCUGGCUCAACUCGAAGUAGAGCGCCUCACACUAACGAAUCAGUUGAGCCACGAGCAGAAAGGCAUGGAAACAGCAGUCGAUAAAAUUACUGAGGUGGAGCGAAAACGACAGCGUGACGAAGCGCAGCGUGUUCAACUCAGCGAAGCUAUUGCUCAUGCAGAGAAUGUUUGCAGCGAAAUUCAAACUGUGCUGAAGUCGGCGGACCCAUCAACGGAGCUUUCCUCCAAGCUAAACCUAUUGGAGGACAUUUCUAGGAAAGAUUUAUUCAACGAUGUCCCUUUUUCCGUGGCUUCCACUUCAAACCAUGCUCUCCAUCAACCCCCAGAUCCUUUCACCGGUGUUCAGACUAGCAGUAUGCAACACGUGGACCCUUUCGCCCAGACUGACCCCUUUGCCGCUGCUGCCGCAUCAGGGAACUUUGCUGUUCAGUUUCCACAAGAUCCAUUCGGAGGUACAGCGUCCGUUGGAGGAGCUCAUCCG